UCGGUCCAAGGCUCAGCGGCCAUAGAGAAAAGAUCUGUUUCGCAAUUCAAACGCGAGCUUUGGGACCGCCCCCUCUUUCCGAUCGGAACCAAUAGGAACCCCUCUUCCCUGCUAAUAGACACGCCCGCCUGGAAGAAGGAAGCUGGGAGUGAGGUUGUGCAGAAAGAGAACGUGCAGGGCUGCUUCCUCACCGGACAGAAGGCACGUUUUGUAGAGACGUGUGACUUCGCGCGCUGCUUUCGAGAACGAUGGCUCUUAGCAAGAGAACAGAAGCGUUCAGAAAGAAGGUAUUGGAGAAGCUCUUUCCUGUUCCUGUUCCUCCUGGUGUGAUUUCUACAAGUACAGAGACAACUGUUCUGAGAAGUUCAGGUUCGGAGCAGGAGGAUCCUGAGAGUAGUACAGCUUUGCAAGGAUAUUCCACUGUAACAGGUAAGAAAAAUGUGGUUCUGCCUCCAAGAAAAAUGUACACAGUGAAUCCACCUCCCAAAGACUAUGUACCAGCCACUAAUAAUGAAACGAGAAGUGACAACGCUGAGAGUGAAGAUGGCAGUGCUGCUGAUGUUCCAGAAGAGAGUUAUCAAGGUCAACCCCAGAGAAAGCGCAUUCGAAGGAAGAAACAAAAGAAUGUUUUGCAAAACCCUGAUAAUUUACAUGGAAGCCAAGCAGAGUAUGGGAAGCAUGAAAAUCUUAUUGAAGAUAACUUUCAGCUGCGGCACACAGACGGCCCAAAUCUAAGUCGAAACAAAAAGAGGAAAAUGAAAAAGAAGCGGCAAAAGGAAAAAAUGAGAGCAGCUGGUUUGCUAACAAAACCAGCUGGUAUAGAUUUCACAUAUAAGCCCGAGAGGGAGGGAGGCUUUGAAGAUACAGAUAAAAAAGUAAAUGACAUUCUGGAUUUUUUGCAAGCAACACAAGAAAUCUAUUUCUCUGAGAAGCAAUCAAAAUGUGCAGACUCGCAUUCAGAAAGCAUUCAUGAGAUUUUACAGAGUAUUGAAUCUCACAGCAUGUCUUCAACAGACGUCACUCUACUACAUGAGAUGACGUCUCUUGUACUUCUGAAGGAUGUAGAAAAGCUAAAGGGUGCUGUAGAAGAGUUCCAUACCCGGUCAGUGUUGCCUCUUGAUCAUGCCAAGGCAAUCGCUUUUCUGUUUCUCUACUGGAUUACAGAUAUCCUGCCUGGAAAGAACAGGAAACAAGCUGAAUGUGCACAUCCAUCUGUACAGAGUUAAAAUUCAAUACAUAAGACUCUGAAUGCGGGAAUAUUCAGAAAUGGCAGUGCCGUUGAAGAAGAUUGCAUCUUAACUAAGGGGCUAUUUUUUUUUUUUACUAUUGACUAUGCCCAGAAGUUAAUGUUUAAUAUUAUGAACUCAUUUUAAGUAUUCUAGUUUGAGAGAGAAAUAUGUAAGCACCAGUUUUCCCCUUAAUGCAGGGCAUUCUUCAACUUCUUAUUGCAAGUGGAUUGAUUCAUGCAGGGAAUAAUAUUUCAUGAGAUGCUUUGUAACUACCAGAGUAACUUGGUGCCCCAGGCCAAGUGAAAAUGUACACUUCCAAAUAGUGGCACUGUUGUUUAUAUAGUAUUUUUGUUUAUAUAACAUCAGAAUCCAUAUUUUAUAUAUAAAAUAAAGAGGAAAAACAGGUUUUAUAUCUUG